AUGAUGGCCCCGCUGCGGACCGCGUCGUCAGACUCAGAGGGCGUUGUGCUGAUCCCAGCCAUCACCAAGAGGAACACGACUGGCUACAAGAACGUGAGCUUCAACCGCAGCAAAAAGAAGUUCCAGGCCAGGUUCAAGGAUGGCGGCAAGAGUGUGUUCCUCGGCUCCUUCGACACCUCCGAAGAGGCGGCCAUCGCCUACGCUCGCUCAGAGUACGGCCGCGCCGACGCCGCCAAGAUGCUGCAGCCCCGCCCGGCUCCUUCUGCCGCUGGCGCCGAGGCGAUACGGCAGGCGGAGAGGGAGGGCCUGACUCUGGCUACGAGCAGCAGCAACAGCGGCUACAAAGGCGUGACCUUCUGCCCGAAACGGAAAGGCAGCAAGAAGUACAAGCUGAACGUGUGGGUUGGAGGCAAGAUGGUCACCCUCGGCCUCUUCGCCACCGCCGAGCAGGCGGCGCUCUUCUACGCCCGCAGGGAGGCGGGCAGGGACACCAGCGAUCUCACCGCACCGCCACCGCCGCCGCCACCGCCGCCGCCACCACCCGCGCCUUCCUCUGCCGCUGGCGCCGAGGCAGUCCGGCAGGCGGGGAGGGAGGGCCUCACCCUUGUCACUAGUAGCAGCAGCAACAGCGGCUACAAAGGCGUGACCUUCUGCCCGAAACGGAAAGGCAGCAAGAAGUACAAGCUGCACGUGUGGGUUGGAGGCAAGCAAGUCAGCCUCGGCCUCUUCGCCACCGCCGAGCAAGCGGCGCUCUUCCGAGCCCGCAGGGAGGAGGGAAGGGACACCAGCGAUCUCACCGCGCCGCCGCCGCCGCCGCCGCCGCCACCCGUGCCUUCCUCUGCCGCUGGCGCCGAGGCAGUCCGGCAAGCGGGGAGGGAGGGCCGCACCCUUGUCACCAGUAGCAGCAGCAACAGCGGCUACAAAGGCGUGACCUUCUGCCCGAAGCGGCAAGGCAGCAAGAAGUACAAGCUGCAGGUGACGGUUGGCGGCAAGAGUCUCGCCCUCGGCUACUUCGCCACCGCCGAGGAGGCCGCGCUGGCGCGUGCCCGGCACCUGUGGGACACAACCGUCCGCCUGCUCGUGCCGCAGCCACAGCAAGCACCGCCGCAAGGCGCAGCAGGGCCUUCUGAGGCCAGCAGCGUCGAGGAGGAGGAGGACGGCUUCGACCCGGCGGACACUGCUGAUGCCGUGGCUCUCUCGCUGCUCUCCGACCCGCCGCCUUCCGCGAGCGAGCAGAGGGCGAGGUGGCAGGCGCGCACAGCAGAACAGGCGGCCAGAGCGGAGGCUGCGGCGGCGGCGGCGGCGGCGGCGGCGGCGUGUGCUGCUCCGCCAUGCGACGACGAGGUGGAGGUGGAGGUGGAGGUGGAGAGCGAUGAGGAGGAGUCGGAGGCGGAGGCGGAGGCGGCUGCCGCAGCAAGGGUGGCGGCAGCUUCGGCAGCAACCGAGGAGCGCCGAGAGUGCGCCAUAUGCUUGGAUGACCUGAGCUCGCACCCCGAGUCGCGCCUGCAGCCGCGCGACCCGAACGGCUGGGGCGCCACGCGCUGCUGCAAGAGCCUCUUCCACUACCGCUGCCUGCACACUUGGCUCAACGACGACAGCGAGGUCGAGACGAGCCACGGCAUGGAUCCGAUCAACACGGCCUGCCCUGGCUGCCGAGGCUUCGUGUCGAAGUCGGCGUCGCGGAUGCUGGCCUAG